AUGUACAGGAGGAGAAGCCGGAGUAGAACUUGGGACAUAUGCAGAGUAAAACGCCGGUUUGAGACGGAUCAUCGACCUGGGACUCGGGAGCAGGAGCGGCCAGACGCGGACCCCUGGACGAGCCAGAAAGACCCUGUACAACGCCUGCACAGCGAUAAAGAAGCUUUCUGUACGUGGCAGGAGAAGGAUGAAGGAGGAACCGGUGACUCUGAUGAUUUGCUCCUAGACCAAUUCAUGGUGGGCCUUCGUCGAGGACUGGUUAAACAAGAGCUUAGCCGACAGCUGCGCCGCCGUGACGGCACAACAUUCAAGGCCGCCUGCACAGAGGCCCGGGCAUUGGAACAGGAGCUGCAGGCGGAGGAGGAAUCACUGGUCACUAACCCGCUACUGCCCACAAAGACCCACUCAAAGGCCCCAGGAUUUUUAAGCACCCCUGCAGCUGAGGGCCAAGCGGUAGGGACGGCUAUUCUCGAGCCCAUAACUCCAGCAACAGAAACUCACGAGGCAGCCAACACAGGACUAGGACAGAAGACUGUGCUGGAUCGCAAGUCUCCAUGA